AUGGGAACCGAACCUUUCGACAACGGAUACCACUUCCCACCAAGCUACCCAAAGCGCGAGGCCUUCAAACAUGGCCUGGUGUCAUUCCUGCGGUACUCGAUCACGCCCAUGGGCUUCUGCGUGGUGCUGUACGGGCUCAACGUGGUUGCAUGGGGAGGCAUGCUGUUCCUCCUCCUCUGCAAUGCCUCUCCGGCCAUGUGCUACCCUUCCUGCAAUGACAUCAACUCUCCGCGGCGGGUUUGGAUAGAAUACGAUUCGCAGGUGCUCACGGCCCUCUUCAGCCUGACGGCCUUUGGGCUUGCGCCGUGGCGAUUCCGGGAUUUGUACUACCUGAUGAAGUAUCGCCUGCUGAGUCGGCAGGAUGCGCUCCGUCAGCUGGCUGGCAUCCACCGCGACUGGUUCCGGCUGCCUGCAUCGUCGAGCUUGCCGGUUGAUGUCGGGCCCGAGAACGCCGACAGUCUCUUGGCGCAAGGACAGAUCCCGAAGGCUGCUGUGGCGAUCCCAACCAAGAAGAUGCCUGAUCCUCCCCUGACUGCUGUGCGGGCACCACCGACCAAGGUUUGGAAGCUGGAUUUUGUCAUCUGGAUGAUGGUAUGGAACACGCUGUUCCAGUGCGUUUUGUCUGGUGUGAUGUGGGGGAUGAGCCGCUACACCAGGCCCAGUUGGUCCACGGGUCUGUUCGUCGCCCUGGGCUGUAUCGUUGCGGCCAUAGGCGGUCUGGCCAUGUUUCUGGAGGGCAAGAAGGUGAAGGGCAUUGAGGGCGUACCGCUCUCAGACCGUGAUCGCGAGAGGCUCGCCAGGGACAAAGAGCUGGGCAUCACGCACUACAACAACAUCAAAGACAGGCCAUUGACCGAGGAAAAGAAGGGAAAGAAGAAAGACAAGAAGACGAAGAAACAAGACAAGCCUGUAUCCUGAGAGUGGCUCUGCUCGUCAGACGACCUUUGACGACGCGACGACCUACAUAUACAUUAUAAUACCUCUUCUACGACAUAUAUAUUCAGACGGAGCCUAGCAUAGGCACACAUGUGCGCAUGUUACCAUGAAUGGCUUCUUUGAGCGUGCCCGGC